AUGGAUAACCCCGAACGCCCUGGCUUUGGCCAGCUUAAGCGGAGCUUGUCUGGCACACAGAGAACGUAUCGUCGCAACUCCACCAUGAGCAAUGCAAGCUUCGUCUCAGAAGUCGAGAUGGCACAAGAUGAGGUCUUUGCCGGACCAAUGUCAGAAAGCAUACCUACCAGCAUCACCGGCUUUGCUCAUCGACGUGGACGCACGGAUUCUAUUACCAGCUUCACCUAUUUCCAGGAAGAUAAUGAAGCCCCAGAGUGGCCAGAGGAAGAGGCUGUGGCGGAUAACAGCGAUGAGGAUGACAUCCUUGACGAUAUGGGCGAUAGAGACCUUGAAGCUGGCAAUGUCAGUAGGAAACAGAGGUCCUCUUCGGAGAGGUCGCGCUUUUCAGCAGAUCAGCCAUUACUCAAGCGUUCCGAUUCGACUCGAAGUGAUACUCGAGCACUUAAGGAAGGAGGGAGCUUCAGCCAGAAAUUAUACAUUGUCACCGAAGACAUGACCAUUGUGAUUGCUGGCUUCAGAACAAGCAUGCUGGGUUUUGCUGCAUACACGGCCAUAUGCGUUUGUACACUGGGACUCGCCUAUCUCCUGUUUAGAUGGAUGCCGAGGUGGCGCGUCAAGAUUGUUGGGUCACCUGCUCCCUUGAAAGCAUGUUCUUGGGUGGUCAUAGAGGUGAGCUUCUGGACAGGUAGACCGAAGGCGCAUACGUGGGCUAAGAAUGGUCAGAACCAAUGGGGCGAGUUCACCGUGCAUCGAGUAUCGACCGAGCAGUAUGGACAUCCUCUCUCCACAGUUUUUGGAUUUCCGCCAAAAGAGAUUCUGAAUGGAUAUCAUGAUGAUGACGACGCCAUCCUAGACACUCUUAAGGUACUGGACUAUCGCUACAUGCGCCUGUUGUUUCAUCCCCUCGAGGACAAAUUUAUUUUGAACAAUCACUGGACCGAUUCGCAGUGGACGGACAUCAAGGCACUUCGUGCAGGCCUAGACUCUGAUGAAAGAGAUAUUCGAGAUCAAGUCUUUGGGAAGAAUGUGCUGGAGAUCAAGCAAAAGUCAAUUCCACAACUUCUGAUGGAUGAGGCAUUUCACCCUUUCUACGUAUUCCAAAUUGCAAGUUUGGUACUUUGGUCGUUGGACGAGUACUACUAUUAUGCCACUGCGAUCUUCGUUAUCUCCGUCUUUAGCAUUACGACCACCAUCGCUGAAACCAGAUCUACCAUGACAAGACUCCGAGAGAUUUCACGAUUUGAGUGCGAUGUACGCGUGUUGCGGAACGGCUUUUGGCGAUCCGUGGUCUCUGGCGACCUUGCUCCCGGCGACGUGUACGAGGUUUCGGAUCCAUCAUUGACGCAGGUUCCUGCAGACAGUCUUUUGUUGGCAGGUGACUGCAUCAUAAAUGAGAGCAUGCUCACAGGAGAGUCGAUACCUGUAUCAAAGAUCCCCGUGACAGACAACUCCCUCGCUCUGUUGGAUCCGAGCGCUGCUUCAAUCCAUCCAAUUCUUGCCAGACAUUUUCUCUUCUGUGGCACCAAGAUAAUCCGGGCAAGACGACCGCAGGAUGUUGAUGACGAUGAGGCUGUUGCUCUUGCGAUGGUUGUGAGAACUGGGUUCAAUACAACAAAGGGAGCCCUCGUCCGAUCCAUGCUAUUUCCCAAGCCCUUCGGCUUCAAAUUCUACCAAGAUUCCUUCCGCUAUAUAUUUGUAAUGGCCUGCAUCGCAGCAGUUGGCUUCAUUGCUUCCUUUAUCAACUUUGUUCGAUUAGACAUGGCCUGGAAAUUUAUCUUGAUCCGCGCUUUAGACCUGAUCACGAUCGUGGUGCCACCAGCCCUGCCCGCGACUCUCACCAUUGGCACAAAUUUCGCUCUGUCACGACUUCGAAAACGGAACAUUUUCUGCAUCAGUCCACAGAGGGUCAACAUCAGUGGUAAGCUUGAUGUGGUUUGUUUUGACAAAACUGGGACCCUGACACAGGACGGUUUGGACGUGCUCGGCGUUCGUCUCGUUCAACAUCCAGAGAUCAGGUUUAGCGAUCUCCUGCUCGAAGCCCCCGAUGUGCUGCCUGCAGCUUCCUACGAGCGUGAUCCGACGGUUGACUAUCGCAUCAACAAGCAUAUUCUAUAUACAAUGGCGACAUGUCAUUCCUUACGCCUCGUUGACGGAGAGCUCAUCGGAGAUCCUCUAGAUCUGAAGAUGUUCGAGUUCACUGGAUGGUUUUUUGAUGAGGGUGAGCAGCAACAAAACGGCUUCGUCCAAGAGGAUGAAAGUUUGCAUUCCGCACUCCCUAUCGCUCGUCCUCCUCCAGGAAUGGAGUACGACCUCGAUGACUCCCAAGACAGCGACAAUCCUCUCCCAGUAGAACUUGGCAUACUUCGAUCAUUCGAAUUUGCCGCUCACUUACGGAGAGCGAGUGUCAUAGUCCGACAACGGGGCGACCCAGGCGCUCAUAUAUUUGUCAAGGGAGCGCCAGAAGUGAUGAAAGACAUUUGCCAGGCCUCAAGCAUUCCAUCAGAGUACGACGAUCUCCUCAGCUACUACACCCAUAGAGGAUUUCGUGUGAUUGCCUGCGCCUCUAAAUACUUGUCGAAGCUUUCAUCGGACCGCACUCAGAAGAUGGAACGAGCCGAAGCUGAAUCGCGCCUUCAGUUGACUGGCUUCAUCGUGUUUGAGAACAAGUUGAAGGACGCUACCACCAAGGUCAUUGAGGAACUGAACGAAGCAGCCAUUCGCAAUGUCAUGUGCACUGGCGACAAUAUCCUUACCGCAAUCAGCGUUGCAAGGGAAUGUAAAUUGAUAGACCGCAGUGAGCAUUGUUUUGUGCCACAUUUUGUUGAAGGCGACAGGCUCGACCCCAGGGCACGACUUGUCUGGGAGAGUGUGGACAAUUCAGUCUAUCAGUUGGACGAGAAUACGUUGAUGCCUCUGUUACCGCCAGCGGAAUAUGACUCCUCUGCGCCGUACGACACCAUUGGUCUCCGCGAUUUUUCGCUCGCAGUCACUGGCGAUGUCUUUCGCUGGAUCAUCGACUUUGGCUCUCAGGAGAUAAUGCAACGAAUGCUCGUAAAGGGUCAGGUUUUCGCUCGGAUGUCGCCUGAUGAGAAACAUGAGCUUGUAGAGAAGCUUCAGAGCAUUGACUAUUGCUGUGGCUUCUGUGGCGACGGUGCCAAUGAUUGUGGUGCACUCAAAGCAGCAGACGUAGGCGUCUCACUUUCGGAGGCGGAAGCCUCGGUAGCCGCUCCAUUCACAAGCCGCGUAUUCGAUAUAUCCUGCGUGCCCGAGCUGAUUCGAGAGGGCCGGGCAGCUUUGGUAACAAGCUUCUGCUGUUUUAAAUAUAUGAGCUUAUACUCGGCCAUCCAAUUCACGUCAGUCAGCUUCCUUUACGCAUCUGCCUCAAAUCUCGGCGAUUUUCAAUUUCUCUUCAUCGAUCUCUGCCUUAUCCUUCCCAUUGCGGUUUUCAUGGGAUGGACAGGAGCAUAUCCUACUUUGAGUCGCAAACGGCCUACCGCCAGCCUUGUAUCCCGCAAGAUUCUGACCUCUCUCCUUGGGCAAAUUGUUCUCUGUAUCAUGGUUCAAGCUGUUGCCUUUGAUCUGGUCCAGAAACAACCAUGGUACAAGCCUCCAGAGAAAGGCGUUGACCACCCGAGCGUCGACAACUCACAAGAUACAGCUCUCUUUCUUGUCUCCUGCUACCAGUAUAUUCUUUCCGGGGUCGUUCUCAGUGUUGGUGCACCAUUCAGACAGUCGAUGACCGCCAAUGUUCCCUUCGUCGUCACUAUUGUUGUGACCUUGCUUAUGUCGUUGUAUAUGCUACUUGACCCUGCCGAAUGGUUAUCGAAUUUCAUGGAUCUGACAGAAAUGUCUCUCGAUUUCAAAUUAGUUCUGUUGGUGCUCGCUGCCUUUGGCUUUGCUGUUGCCUAUGUCGCAGAACGACGUAUCUUCCCAACUGGUUCUGCUGAUGUCGGCAUUGACGGACAUGAGCAGUUAAAUUCUGUGAAAUGGGAAGUGGGCGCCAGGGGCAAGAAGGCGGACCUUCGCAUGGAGGAUGUUGAUUCCACCUGCAGUGAGCCCGCCUAUGCUAGCUACGUUCAGCAUGAUGGCACCCAGAGAGCCGUCGAGGUCCCUCAAGGUCUGAGUGCCGAGGUCGAGGAGUGGUUGGAAGAGGCCAGAAUUCAUUUGCUGGACGAGCUUGAGGGGUAA